UUAACGCAUCAUGCCCAGCCGUUCACUCGCUGUCUCUCCCCCAACUCUCACUUCAUGCUGUUGAGAGCUCCGAGUCUAUCAUUCCUCAAUUUUUUCCCUCCCCCACCGCCUCCCUUCCUUAGCCGCCUCCUUUUCUCCAAAUCCAAAACCCUCAACCCCUCCGCCCUCCUCCGCCUCUCCUCCAUGUCCGCCCGCCGGACCGUUGCCGAGGCCCUCAUGGGCAGCGCCCGCGCCGCCGCCGCCGCCGCCCGAAAGAAGGCCAAGCAUGACAAACCCCCAUCCCCAUCCCCAUCCCCGCCCCCGGAACCCUCCCCUCCUCGCCCGAAGCCCGCCAAAACCCUACGCACCCAACCGGACGAGAAGAAGAAGAACGCCGCCCUCGAGCUCCGGAAGAAGUGCACCGAUUUCAACCCCGGAGCCGCCGCUUACUGGAAGGACGGCGAGCCAGUCCCGUUCUCGUUCCUCGUGCACGCCUGGGAGCUGAUCGGAAAUGAGUCGGGCCGGAUUGCCAUGACGGAGAUCCUCUGCAAUGCCUUUCGGACGGUGAUCGCCACCACACCCGGGGAUCUUCUUGCCACCGUUUACCUCACGGCGAACAAGAUUGCUCCGCCCCACGUGGGUCUUGAGCUUGGAAUUGGAGAAGCAUCCCUCAUCAAGGCGCUUGCCGAGGCUUAUGGUCGGAAGGAGGAGCAUGUGAAGAAGCAAAACAGCGAAUUGGGUGACUUGGGUCUUGUUGCAAAAGCAAGCCGUUCAACUCAAAAGUUGAUGUUCCAGCCUAAACCUUUGACAAUUAACAAGGUUUUCAAUACAUUCCUGGCUAUUGCAAAGGAAUCUGGGGCAAAUAGUCAGGACAAGAAAAAGAAUCAUAUAAAGGGACUUCUGGUUGCAGCAACUGAAUGUGAACCUCUGUAUAUAACUCGUCUUCUACAGUCAAAAAUGCGUAUUGGUUUGGCGGAGAAAACUGUCCUUGUUGCUCUUGGGCAUGCAGCUGCAUAUUCUGAAACAUGUCCAAGGCCGCCUCUGCAAACUCAAUCUCCCCUUGAGAAGGCUGCAAAAAUUAUCAAACAAGUAUAUUCUGUACUUCCGAGCUAUGACAAAAUUGUCCCUGCUCUUCUUCAAGUUGGGGUAUGGAAACUUCCAGAGGCAUGCAAUUUUACUUUAGGUGUGCCUAUUGGACCUAUGUUAGCAAAACCAACGAAGGCCGUAUCGGAGAUCAUUGACAAAUUCCAGGGAAUGGAGUUCACCUGUGAGUACAAAUAUGAUGGUGAACGUGCCCAGAUACACUACAUGGAGGAUGGAUCAGUCGAGAUAUACAGUCGUAAUGCGGAACGGAAUACUGGGAAGUACCCGGAUGUUGUCAGUUCUAUCUCAAGAUUCAAAAAGGAAACUGUAAAAUCAUUUGUGCUGGAUUGUGAAAUUGUUGCUUAUGACCAUGAGAAGCAGAAGAUCUUACCUUUCCAGGUCCUCAGCACUCGUGCUCGUAAGGGUGUGAUCUUAAGUGAUAUAAAAGUCACAGUCUGCACCUUUGGCUUUGAUAUUCUGUAUAAAAAUGGCCAACCUCUUCUCCAGGAGCAACUCAAAGUUCGUCGACAGCAUCUCUACAGUUCUUUUGAGGAAGUGCCAGGAGUAUUCCAGUUUGCAACUGCCAUAAUAACAAAUGACGUCGAGGAAAUACAGAAAUUCCUUGAAGCAGCUGUCAACUCCAGUUGUGAAGGAUUGAUUAUCAAAACAUUGGAUAAAGAUGCCACAUAUGAGCCUUCUAAGCGGUCUAACAACUGGCUGAAGUUAAAGAAAGAUUACAUGGACAGCAUUGGUGACUCACUAGAUUUGGUGCCUAUUGCUGCAUUCCAUGGUCGUGGAAAACGUACAGGGGUUUAUGGUUCGUUUCUUCUUGCUUGCUAUGAUGAACACAAUGAAGAAUACCAAACCAUCUGUAAUAUAGGUACUGGAUUUUCUGAGUCACAACUUGAAGAGCGGUCUGCAAGUCUUCGCAAUAAAGCGAUUCCUACACCAAAGCCAUAUUAUCGAUAUGCUGAUACAGUGAAUCCGGAUGUAUGGUUUGAGCCAGCAGAGGUUUGGGAGGUGAAAGCGGCAGAUUUGAGCAUCAGUCCUGUUCAUCGUGCUGCUAGUGGCAUAGUUGAUCCAAAUAAGGGUAUUUCUCUUCGAUUUCCUCGUUUAGUCCGUGUUCGAGAUGACAAAAGCCCUGAACAAGCCACAACGUCUGAUCAGGUUGCUGACAUGUAUCGUGCUCAAAAGAUUAACCACACAAAUAACCAUGAGGAAGAGGGUGAUGACUAACAUAUGUGAAUUCUACUAUUCAGUAUUUGAUGGUUCUGUAAGGGCCUUAAUCAGACGGCUAUUUAAUUCAGGGUGCCCAUUUGGUGAUUCUGACAACUGGAUAAUCUUAUUGUCCAUGAGGCUGGCAUCGAUCUUCAUUCAUCAAGACUGCAAGAUCUCAUCAUAGAUGUUGUGGGAAGAUGAACUGGUCUGAUCAAGGAAUGAUUGUGUUUCUCACCUUUUUUGUAUGUAAGACUGCUUAGCCUAUUCAAUUGGAGAUCGUCUAUCUGAAAUAUCUGUUUUACUGAUGAACCAAACAAGUAGGUAUUCUGUCUUGACAUCUUUUUUGUGUGCUAAGGUUUUAUUCUUGUUGUUAAAAGCAUCCUACUAAUUGUUCAAUUAUAAUCCAUUAGAGUGAUACUGGGAGAUAGUAACAAAAGCAUCUUAGGAUAAUGAUAAUGCUGUUACUACUGAGUUAAACUGAAAUAAUGCUUACUGGAUUUGAGACUGA